AUGCGCUCGGGAUCAAGGUACGGCGGCGCAUUAAGUGGAGACGACGGAGGGAAGGUUUCAGAUGUACAGGACACAAGAUUGAAGAGAACAACUCAGAUAGAAUCGUACAUCCAGUUUGCAGAAUCCUUUCCUACGGGAUUAUUGGGGUGUGCGAUUGAAGAGCGAGGGACAAUGAGGGAGAAGCAGGACAAGGAGGGUCCGUACACGAAACAAGAAUGCGAGCGAGACAGCGUCUCAUGUGUUGAGUUUCCAACCGAUCAUGGGCAUUUCGGAAGCACGAUUGAAGAGAUCCGUGAGAGAACACGACAGCAGGGCAUGCAGCUUGUCUCAGAGUCUGCAAGGGGGAUGACUAUCAGAGAGAUAGAAUCUUUCUGGCCGUCCAAGUUUGGGAUCAACCUUCCGACUGAAGAUUGUGGAUUUCGGAGCGCAUUAGAUCUCUUCAGAGGUUUGCAGGGUUUCGUUGUCAGGGUUUCGUCUUACGGGAAGGAAAACGUCGUCACCGUAGAUCCAAAUUAUGCCUCCAAAGUACCACAGGCUAGAGUCUCUGCUGGUAUCACUACUCCGCAAAGCCAAGUCGUCAAUGCCCCACUGAGCAGAGGGCUAGCCGUUGAGCAGAGGGCAGCCACGAAUGCUCCGAGCAUUCCUGUGAAGAAGCUGGAACAGCCGAAGAGUACUGGUCACAAUGCUGUGGUGGCGAGCAAGAUGCAAGUAAAUUCUCAGAUUCAACAAAGUCAAAGCGUCACACGAGAAGCUCACAUCCAGCAGUCUGCAGCCGUUGCACGGGGGUCUUCGAAUCUUCCGCAUGUCGUUCCAACGUUGCCGCACUCAACUUCGAACAAACCAGCAGAACAGGCUCAACAAGCUGAACGGUGGUCGAGUCAACAGGUCUUGUCGUGGCUGCGUAGCACUUUGAAUAAAGCUGGAGUUCAAGAGAAGGCAAUUGAUCUCUAUACCAAGAAGUUUCAGCUGCAUGGCAAGUUGUUGAAUCGAUUUACACCCAUGCUCAUUUGA